AGUCAUUGUAGUUCCGUGUUGACGGAAGAUAAACCGUGUAACCCCCAUGCAUUUAACCUACUCCUCGGAUCCGCCGCGACACUAACGUCUAGGACGGUUGCAUUUUUUUUUGGGGGGGGGGGGAGUUUCCUAUUAGUUUCUUCGUAGUUGGGUGAAGCUGCCGUCGUCAUGUGGGACCAUGAAAUCAAAGCCAUGGCGUCCGCUCACGCCAUCAUCGCCGCCGCGGUGUUCAUGGCCACCGUCCUGCCUGGCGCGGUCGUGCGGGGCUUCUCCGUGUGCGGGACUCACCUGCUGUGGCUCUACUCGGUGUCCGGCGCGGUGGCCGCGGUCAGUGUCGCCGUCUUCUGGCUGCUCGGCAUCACGCGGCCCACCAAGAAGCACACGCUGGGAUACAAGCUGAGUGCACGAUUCCAACAACCACACCAAUUAAGAUCAAGACUGUCGAGGUUGUUUCGUUCCUGUGUGUACUUCUUCCUGUCGUGCCUGUUCUUUCACACGGUGGUGGUUCUUUAUGGCGCACCACUGAUCGAAUCCGCCUUGGAGACGUUCUCUCUCGCCGUGCUGCUGACCUCUCUAACUACGUUAAGGUGUCUCUGCGUCCUCGGGCCCAAUGUCCAGGCCUGGAUACGAGUUUUCAGCCGACACGGAGCUAUGUCCGUUUGGGACACCUGUCUACAGAUCACAGUCGUCUGCACGGUGGUAGGAGCCUGGGUGGGAGCCUUCCCUAUACCUCUGGACUGGGACAGGCCGUGGCAGGUUUGGCCCGUUUCCUGCAGUCUCGGCGCCACCAUUGGCUUCCUGACUGGGCUCGUUGCUGCUCCCGCAUGGAUCCACUAUCAUCGCAAACAGCUCACGUACAAGUGCAAGUGAUAGUACAGACACACUGGUUUGUUUGCCUGUGCGCGUUUUUUUUUUUUUCCAAAUGUGACCGGGAGUGUAUUUUUCAUUUGUUCCUGCUGAAUUCCUCAAACUUUUUACUGAUUAUUUAUUGGGAGCAAUUCACUCUGUUUGCAGCCUGUGGGGGAAGAUGAUUUUAUAGCAACACGGGACGUGAUUCAUUUGUAUGCUUGGCGGCCGAAUAUGCCGCUGAAGAUGAAUAAAAUAUUACUUCUGCAACGGUG